UUUGAACUUCAAUACUAUCUUUUCAGAAGAAAGAAGAAAAAAAAAAGAAUGAUCUCAUUGUUAUCCUCACAGUAAAUGCUUUUGCUUUGAUGGUCUGUUAGAGGUUUGUUUGUUUGUUUCUGUUUCCCUCUGUCACCAAGAAACCCCAGAAGAAAGAGAGAUAACCCUAAACCUAAACCAAAACCAAAACCAACAUCAAACUCAAAUCUUCUUAGCCAUUAUGAAUAGAAGAGAAAGCUUUUCUUGUUUUUGGUGAAAGAAUGAAAGAGAGUAAGCUGAGAAGUUUAUAAGCUUUUGCAUGUUCCUUUCUCCUCAAGUUUUUAAUAUCUUUCAUAAAGUCUCUCCACCUUUGAUUCUGUUUUUUUUCUUUCUUAUCCAUUUAUCCUCACUCUCUCUCACCUCAUAAUUCUAAGCCACAAAGGUUUCUUCACUCUUUCCUCUAGUAAACCACUUUUAAGAGAUCUUUCUCUCUUCAACUGUAAAUGCUAAAUGGAUCAAAGAGAUCCAAUGGGUUUAACCGGGUCAGGCUCUUACUACAUCCAAAGAGGACUACCCGGGUCGGUUCCUCCUACGUUUCACGGAUCCUCACAGCAACAACAAGGCCUUCGUCACUUACAUAACCCAAACUCUCCAUUCGGUUCAGGCUCCACCGGGUUCGGAUCUCCUCCUUUACGCGGUGACCCUUCUCCAGCAGCACCAACCGGAGCUGUUCCUCAUCACGUUGGCGUUCACAUGAUCUCUCCUCCUCCUCCUACAAGUGAAACUCCGAUGAAACGUAAGAGAGGACGGCCAAGAAAAUACGGACAAGACGGUUCUGUUUCUUUGGCAUUGUCUUCUUCCUCUGUUUCAACCAUUAACAGCUCUAACAAACGCGGCCGUGGUCGGCCUCCUGGCUCCGGCAAGAAACAGAGAUUAGCUUCCACUGGUGAGUUGAUGAUGCCUUCAUCUUCUGGAAUGAGCUUCACGCCACACGUGAUCUUGGUUUCUAUAGGAGAAGAUAUUGCAUCAAAGGUUAUAGCUUUCUCUCAACAAGGUCCAAGAGCGAUUUGCGUUCUAUCUGCUAGUGGAGCUGUCUCUACUGCAACGCUGCUUCAGUCAUCAUCACCUCCUGGAGCUAUUCAGUACGAGGGCCGGUUUGAGAUCUUAGCCUUAUCAAUAUCUUAUCUUGUCCCAACUGAUGGAAGUUUCCGGAAUAGAACUGGAAACUUAUCUGUUUCUCUUGCUAGCCCUGAUGGGCGUGUGAUUGGUGGUGCUAUUGGAGGACCUUUAAUAGCAGCUAGUCCUGUUCAGGUUAUUGUAGGGAGUUUUAUAUGGGCAGCUCCAAAGAUAAAGAACAAGAAACGAGAAGAAGAAGGUUCUGAAAAUGUCCAAGACACAAAUGAUCAUCAAGCUCUGGACAAUAAUAACAACACUGUUUCCCCUGUUCCUCAACAACACACACAAGGCCAAAACCUGAUAUGGUCAACAGGUUCAAGGCAAAUGGAUAUGCGCCAUGCUCAUGCUGAUAUUGAUCUAAUGCGCGGUUGAUGAUGUCACAGUGAAACCUGUGUGUAUAUAAAGCAUGGAAGCUAGGGAGAAGAAGAAGAAGGAACAUAAGCUAACCUCUGAACAAACGUAUGUGGAAAUGUUAGGGAAACUGAAACUCUUGUGUGGUUUUCUUGAUUUUUAUGACUAUAGCAUUGCAGAGAAAUGUUCAGUCUCUAUGUCUGCUUGUAACAUUGAUUCUACUUCCUUGUAACAUCUUUGAUAUGAAUACAAAACAAGGGCCUCUUUGGUCAAGGUUUGUUACCA